AUGGAGCCAAACGCAUAUUCUUUAGAAAAGAGUUCAUCCCAAGCAACGUCAAUAAAAUCAACGAUAGCAAAUGGUUCCACUAAUCAUUCUCAUUCUGUACAGCCUCCCACAUUAAUCUUACCUCCACCACCACCAUCACCUCCUAAAUCCUCUUAUAGUAAUGGCAUAUCAUAUGCGUCAAUGGCUAAAAAUGUUAAUUUUGUACCGCAAACAACACGUUCAUUUCGAAAUAAACUCAAAAAACAACGUCAACAAGAGCUACCGACAUCAACAACAAGUGAUGAUCAAAAUGAAGAAAUAAAUAAUUUGGAUUUAGAUGAUGAUCGUAUUGAAGUAAAAAUUUUACCACAAGACAAUUGGGGUGAAACAGCGACUGCCUACACGUCGGAAGUUGGUAGUGAUAUAAAUGGACUGGAUAAUGAUUUAAUGACAACUGAUUGUAGAGGAGGAAAUGGUGAUCAAAUGAUUGAUGGUCAUUUCGAAAAUCAAUCAUCAGAAAAGUCAACUCUCCAAUGUACAAAGAAAUGGUUAUCAAAAUUACGUCGUCGUUCUGAAUGCUUUCCUCGUAUUCAUUUGUAUAAAACAUUAAUGUUAGUUUGGUUAUUAUUAAUUUUAUGUGCCUAUUGGACCUAUUAUGUUUGGAAACUUUUAUUAUAUAGUAUCAAUAAUUUAAAUUAUGAUCAAAUUCUUCAAUAUACCUCAUCCUAUAUAGAUAUACUCUUGUUUUUACAUUAUAUAACAUUGUUAAUAUUUGAAAUUAAAUAUUUAUACCCAAAAUAUGUCGUAAGAAUCGUGAGAUCACCUGAUGGCAUCGCAAGACAAUAUUCGAUUGGUUCCAUGUCACUUCAAGAAGCUGGUAUCUAUUUACUUGAAUUGUAUUAUAGAGAUUUUCCACAAUAUAAUCCAUGGUUAGAAAAUGCUCAACAACGAACGAGACGUAAUGGUGGCUUUAGAAAUUAUUCGACAAAAUCAAUGAAUAGUCAAUCAACAAAUUUAAACUUUAAAAUUUAUAAUGUUGAUCAAACGCAAACAACGAUACCGACCACAAUUAUAUCACAUAGUCGACCAUAUAAUGAACGAUUCUAUGAUGAAUUAGAAUAUGAACGUCGUGUGAGAAAACGUCGUACAAAAUUGUUGGUAGCAUGUGAAGAUGCAUUUACUCAUGUUAAAAAAUGUCACGAUGAAAGAGGUUCUCAUAUCCCAAUGGAUUCAAGAGAAGCAGCACAAGCUGUAUUCUCAUCUAUGUCACAUUCAUUACAAAAAUAUUUACGUAUUACUCGUCAACAGCCGUAUUAUACUCGUGAAUCUAUCAUUUAUCAUUUGUCUAGGUGUCUCUCGUACGAUAUUUCACCACGUGCAUUUCUCGAACGUUAUUUAAUACAAACUGAACAAACGUCAAUGACCAUAUCUUCUCAGCAAGAACAGCAACCUCAAAAUCAACAGUGGCUUAUUAUAUGUGAUAAACAAUUAAAUCGUUCAAUACAUGCUAAUUUAUUACUCAUCUUAAAAUAUGAAGAUAUACAAUUAAUGUGUACAUUUAACCAAUUGCCAAAAAUUCAAUUGAAACAAGAUUAUUUUGAUCAUAAACAAAAUAAAUUUAUUCUUAAAUUAAAUUCAGAAACAUCCGUCUAG